ACAAGGUCGGACGAGAAACGCUUCAAACUGGCGGCGCUGUUGCUGUUGGCAACUUUGUUUCCAUCCUAACUCGCGUCGAUUCACCCACCGCCAGACUGGACCCCCGACACCGACUUGACUCCCUGUCUCCAGUCGCCGCCUUUCGCGCCUCCUCCUCCCCUCCUACUAGGAAGGAAGAGGUACCCGCUCGGAACGGAGGAGUUGCGAGAGAGGCCGUCGUGCUUGGCCAGCCAGGCCCGGUCGCCCGUCGCCGGCCUCGAGCUAGCGAGCUCUUCGGAUUACAGACAUGGGCGCAUACAUUUCCAGCUCAACCUGCAGUGCCUACUACGGCAUCACGCCCAACUGCACGGUUGUGCUGUCCCCGCAGGACCAGGCCAAUGCUCUGUUCCUGGGUGGCAACGCUCCCGGGGAUUUUGAGUCUGAUCCCGACAUUGCUGGCAUUGGUGUCCUUGGUGCCUUCCUCGCCGUCACCCUCCUCUCGUUGCUUCUGUCGGUCGCCAGUACAGUAUGGUGGUUCUCAAAGAACAUCUUCCAGUGGACAAGAAAGCUUGAGGAAGAGCAAAAAGAGUCCAAGAAAUGGCAGCUCAGCGUGGCCGGCCUCCUCGAGACACUGAUCUUAACUUGCUCCGAUCAACAGAUCUUCACGGGCGGGGCUUACGCCAUAACCCUGCGCUAUGUCAAGGGGUGCGACAUCUCGGCAUACCACUACAAUGUUGUCGCUAACAUGCUGCUCGUCACAUGUGCCACACAUUUGAUGGCGGUCACGGUGUCCAGGCACUACUGGGAGCACCCCUGGGUUGGCGGCCUGAGGGUUAUCGUGACGACGCUCGUCUAUCUCGUCACGGGCAUCCUCCUCUCCAACCAGGGCUCCGGGUCGCUUGGCUUUCCCACCCGGGUCCCCGACCUGAAGGAACAAUACAGCCCCCUGCUGCUACCGGCCGCCUGCUUCCAGACCGGUGACUCGGGCUUUGCUAAAUCCUUUAGCCAGUCGUUUACGUCGAGCAGCUCCUUCUUCGGCGGCCGCAUCCCCGGCUGGACCCAGUACCUGGUCAUGUUCAUCUUCUAUGCCCUUGCCGUCUUCAUCAACCUCGGCCGCCUCAUCCGCCGCGGCACGGGCCACGACGGUGGGCGACGGAGAACGGUAAACUGGAUGAAGCGGUCGUGCGCUGCCCUCUUCCGAGCCAGGAGACCCCUUUACUGGCUCUUUGGCGCCUACCUGGUCGGCGGGAUUGGUAUUGCCUCUUGGACCGUCGUCACGUCGGCGCGGUAUGUGCUCGAACUCCGCAACUGGGUCGACAAGUCUGGAUGGAUGGACUUGGAACACGGCCGGAAUCCUGAGAACGACCCGUCAACCUUCGGGCAGCUGGUUCCAGUGCUGUUGAUCACGCUCAUCAUCUUCACUUUUCUCCAAAUACUCAGCGAGAAACUACGGGAGCGUAGUAGAGCUAGGCAUCUCAGAGACUUGGGUGGGCGGUCACCCGAAGACAACACACUGGUGCAAGUCUACUCGAGGGAUCAAUCCCCUCCCGAACCUCGCUAUCUCGACAAGUCGAUCAUCGGCGUGGCUAUCAGCGAGCCCGAAGACCUGGACCACAUCGCAACGAUCGACGCAGGCGGCACCGCAGCCCAUGCGCGGAGCCAGAGCCGGGGCAGUCAGUCGCGGGGCCGCAGCACUACGCCUCUAUCGCGACCGCUCACAAAGCCGCCCAUCUACAGCAUGUUCCCGACCAACACCAGCAGCCCACUGGGGAGUCCGCAGACGGGCGGCUCCGAGACGCCGCCGCCCCCACCAGUCCCCAAAAAGAGCCGCUCUCGAGACUUCAGGCGGGGCGAGUUGCCGACUCCGACGACGCCGAGUGAAGACGAGCAGCGCGAGGUGCGGCCCAGCCAGUCGCGGGGCGACCUACGGAGGAACAUCGCCAGCCCCGUGGAUGACAUCACACCGCUGCAGCAGAGCGAGGUCCGGCCCGGGUCGAGCCACUCGCGUGCCGACACGAGGAGGAACCUGACGCCCAUCGCCACCGCUGUUGCUGACGACCAGCAACAACACGAGCUGCGGCCCAGCCGGUCGCGAGAUUUCCGCAAGAACCUGGCCACGCCCGCAAUAGACCAGUACUACCAGCAGCCGGAGCCGAUGCCACCGAGGUCAAGAGACGUGCGUAGGAACGGCAUGGCGAGUCCGACCGAGCAGCUCGGGCUGAACCUGGACCGGAUAUGAUGGCGGGGUUGGGGUUUUUGGGCAUUUCCAUAUCCUGAGCAUGGGGGAAUAGGACUCAGACUCGGACUUUGGAGAACUCGGAAUAAUACCAAAUCAAGAAGAUAAGAGGCAAAGAAUAAUCGGUACAGUUUUUUGAGCUUUUCUUGUUUUUACUUUUUACUUAUUUUGCAAAAGAUUGGAUAGAGGCUGGUCAUUGGUUACACGGACUUGAGUCCAUUAUUCCAUUAGAAAAUAACCUAUUUUUCCCUCUACCUUUGGUAGUGUUCAGAC